CUGGUAGCUGUUAGCCUAGCGGCGGCCGCGUUGGCGACUGUGGCGCGGAAGGUGGAGGAGGAGGAGCUGGCACUGAAGCCGGAUCCGGAUCCGGUGCUGUGUACGCGGACUUUACUGCAAAAAUGAAACCUGAUGAAACUCCUAUGUUUGACCCAAGUCUACUCAAAGAAGUGGACUGGAGCCAGAAUACAGCUACGUUUUCCCCAGCCAUAUCGCCAACACAUCCAGGAGAAGGCUUGGUUUUGAGGCCUCUUUGUACUGCUGAUUUAAAUAGAGGGUUUUUUAAGGUACUGGGUCAGCUGACAGAGACUGGAGUUGUCAACCCUGAGCAAUUUAUGAAAUCUUUUGAGCAUAUGAAGAAAUCUGGAGAUUAUUAUGUUACCGUUGUGGAAGAUGUGACUCUAGGACGGAUUGUUGCUACAGCAACGCUGAUAAUAGAACAUAAAUUCAUCCAUUCCUGUGCUAAGAGAGGAAGAGUAGAAGAUGUUGUCGUUAGUGACGAAUGCAGAGGAAAGCAGCUUGGCAAAUUGUUGUUGUCAACCCUUACUUUGCUAAGCAAGAAAUUGAACUGUUACAAGAUUACUCUUGAAUGUCUACCACAAAAUGUUGGUUUCUAUAAAAAGUUUGGAUAUACAGUAUCUGAAGAAAACUACAUGUGUCGGAGGUUUCUAAAGUAAAAAUGUUUUAAGAAAGACAACUGUCAAAGGAGCUAAUGCAACAAGACUAUAUACCCUUCCUAGAGUUAAACUCUUCUGUUGCUGCAACUCUGACCUCCAUAAAUACUGGACUGAAAAAACAUGGUAAUACUACAAGUAUAAUGACAUUUAGAAGAUUACUUUGGGCUGGUGGGACAUGCUAUGAGUUUAGAUUACAAAUGAAUAUUAUAAAAGGUAUGAUUUUUAACCAAAGGACUAUAUUUUUAACUUGAAUUUUUUCUUGUAUUUUUCUAAAGUUUGGCUUCAUUUCUUGGUAAAGAAUAUGGGUAGUAAGGAGUUAAAUGUCUGCUAUCUCUACUGCUCAUUAAAAAUAUAUACACUGAAUAAGGUUGUUUCUUAUCACAUUCAGAAAAUUAAUAUUUCUGUUUCAAAGAAACAUAUCUAAAUACCACUGAGGGGUAUACCAUUUCCCAAAUAUUAAUUACGUGAUAUUAGAUAAGUUAGAAAUUAUAACUAAAUGUACUACACGGCAACUUUUUUUAAUCUUAAUACCAGCAAACAACCUGGUCAGGUUAAAGGAGUAGAAAUGAAAAUUAACUUAUAAAAUGUGACAAGAUUGAAAGUAAAACAAUUUAAACAUAUAGCUAAGUUUAUAUAAUCCCAAUAUACCGCCUGUCUUACCUAUGAAUUAUUCAUUUGUUAAAUGUACCUAAGAGCAAACAUAAUGGGAUAUCUAAGGUACUAUUUGAGGAGCCCUGGUGGUGUAGUGAGUGGUUAAGUGCUUGGCUACUAACUGAAAGGUUGGCGGUUCAAACCCACCAGCCGCUUGGUGGGAGAAAGAUGUGGCAGUCCACUUCCUUAAAGAUUUACUCCCUUGGAAACCCUACAGGGCAGUACUACUCUGUCCUGUAGGGUCGCUGUGAGUCAGAAUUGAUGGCAACGGGUUUUGGAAGGUACUAUUUAACAAUGAAUUAGCAAAUCCUGGCAUAUACUUCUAACCUGAUUUCUCAUCUUUCACGGGUAUCUGAAGCCUCUCUUCCGAAGUAACAUUUUUAUGAAAAAUGGAAUAUUACAAAAUUAAGUGAAUAUUUAAAAAUAUAUUACACUGCAUUUGUCAUAUUCUUAAAAUGUUGGAAGCUUUUCUAUUUAAUGUGAUUACAGUAGUACAAUUAUUCUGGUCACCAUCCUGUUUGAUUUUAUUUAUUUUAAUUAUUUUUUUAAGUUGAAGUAAGAAUGGGAUACUUUAUUAAUCGUUCUAAUCUUUUGCAUUCCAUGUUACAUUAAACCUGUUCAUGAUUUUGUUAGAAUCCUAAUGUCUGCUUUUCUUGAGUCUUUUAUUAAAGUUUCUGUUAGGUCAAGUCGUGGUUCAUUACAGCUUAGUUUUGUAUACUGUUAAAAUGAACUUGGAAAGUAAAGACCAACUGUUUUUUUACCUCUUUGACUCACACCUAACUUAACUGGAUUUCGGAUCUCCCUCUAUGCAGUCACCUAAAGUCAGCUUUCCAAACUUUUACAAUAGAAACCCUUCACCAAGAGGGUGCACUACUUAUCUGCUGAUGACCUUUGCAGAUUAACUCCGAUAGUCUCUAGUGGGAGUCCUAGUGGCGCACUGGUUGAGAGCCUGGCUACUAACCAAAAGGUCGGCAGUUCGAAUGCACCAGCUGCUCCUUGGAAACCCUAUGGGGCAGUUCUGCUCUGUCCUAUAUGGUCACGAUGAGUCAGAAUCAACUACAUGGCAACAGGUUUGGUUUUGGUUUAGUCUCUAGUGAAAGCAAUAAAGCUAGUUUUGUCUUCUCAGGAGUCCUGCAAACUUGGCUUUAUUAGGUACAUUCUGGUAAUUAAAAACCCAUGUUAAAAAAACAAACCUAGAAAAAGGCAAAAUUAAAUGCUCUAUUAAUUUCUUCCCACUGAACAACUGGAGAUAAAAUUGUCUUAUAGGGUUGGUAUUUCAAUCAAUUCCUUUAAAUGAUGUGAAGGUCUUAUCUUAAAUUCUUAAAUUAUCUUAAAUUCUCUCUAUAAGGAACAGAAUUAUAAGGAAAGUACAGUCUAUAAAAAUUUUGUCACUGAGGACAAUGGUGACUUAUAUUUAGCUUUAGUUAACAAGAGUAUGUUUAUGAUUUUCUAAGCCAUAUUGUGAGUAAACUUGAGUAGGAAAAAGCUGCAUAAAACAUUAUAUCAUAAUAUAUGAACUAUAUUCACCACAUUUUGGAGCACUGUUUGCUUGUGAAAGGGUAUAAUGAAGUGGCAGUUUUGAGUUCUACUGUGUCAUAUAUUUUGUACAUUUGUAUUUCACUGACUGUUAAGGUGCACAUUUUUUUACAAUUGAAAUUUGGAUGUAUUUUAUGAUCAAUUGCUUGUCAUAGUUUAGUCAGCAAUAUUUUGCCUUUUAAUGGUACCUAAAAUAAUGGUAUAGUUGUGAUGGCAACUUCGAUCUGAUGAAGAACAGAACACAGGUAGGCUAACACGGGUGAAGAGGGUACUGUAAGAACAAGAAAUAUUUUUUAAUGGGCUGGAAGAUGUUGUAUGGAUGACCUACCCAUUCUUUUGGACAUGAUUCUCUCACUUCUAAUCCCAAACUCGAUCAACUAAUCCUUUAAAAUAUACUUAAGGUGGAAUUUUUAAUUCCCAUGGACCAUUGAUCAUACUUUUGUGUGCAUGGCCACAAUAUUUUGGAGGAUACUCUUAAGUGGUUCUCAAUACCCAAUGUUCACUCAUCCUUCCUAAUCCAUGGGAGUAACACUGGAUUAUUUUAACCCAAAAGUUAACAAUCUAAGUAAAGAAGUUCUGAGGCAUAAGCAGUAUAAAUGAACUUUUCAAUCUUUUUGAGGUAUAAUGGCACAACAGUUUAAUACAACCACCAAUCUUCACAAAAUAAUUUUAAUACUUUGUGCCGAGGCUAGCAGCAUUUUGCACUGUGACAUUCCUAUACACACAUAAGCAUUUUAUCCAAAUACAAAUAUUUGUUAAAAGCAGAGUAAAUUAAGCAAUUGCCUAUACAAAGGUAAAUAGACACUGUAGGUUAUUUUUCUUCUUGAAUCAUUUUGCUGCAUAGUAAAUUGCAAUUACAUGUCAGUAUAAUGUUACUGAUCUAUAGAAUACACUUUGAACUGUGAGGUAUGACAACUCCCUAUGAAAGGGAGCUAACAUGUAAACCUGAAUAUUUUGAGUGAUUUUUUUUUUCUUUUUUUUAGCUGCCAUGGAUGGUAAGACAAAAAAUCCAGCAUUCAAAGACCCUAGAAACUUACUUUUUCUAAUCAAAAAAAUUAAAAUCUUUUAAUAAUACUCAGAUAAUCUCCUAUCCUUAUUGGAGCACUGCUGAAUACACAAAGAUAAAGUAAAUAUUGAAAUGAAGUUAUGGAAUUAUGGAUUAAACCAGUUAUUAAAAAAAAAAAAA